CCAGAACCAGAACCAGAACCGGCUCCAGGCAGGGAACCGCUCAGACGUCCAGAGGGAGCAAAGAUCAGCGGCUCAGACGCUCAGGAAGAUAAAACAAGAUGAGGGUCAGUCUGCAAACGCUGAUAACAUGCCUGUUGUUAUCAUCAGCAUCAAUACUGACAUCAGAGACAACAACACCAACAAUUGAAGCAACAACACCACCACCACCAACAACACCACCCCUAACAACACCAACAACAAUGACACAGACAACUGUAGCAACAACAGCACCAACAACAACACCAACAACAACAACACCAACAACAACAACACCAACAACAACAAUGACGUCUAGACAUUCGUCAACCUCAUCAUCUCAAACUGAGAGCGGCACUACAGGCGUUUCUGCAUCUUCAUCACCACCAUCAUCAUCCACAGUGACCUCAGAUGCUACAACUAAAAUCGUCACCCACAUAACCGAUCAAGCAAAUGACACCACAACCAGCACCACCAACACCACAACCAGCACCACCAACACCACAACCAGCACCACCAACACCACAACCAGCACCACCAACACCACAACCAGCACCACCAACACCACAACCAGCACCACCAACACCACAACCAGCACCACCAACACCACCAACACCAGCAACAACACCAGCUUCUCUACCACCACAACUGGUUCCACAACCAGUAAAAUGGCCUCAGAACCACCAGGCUCAUCUGGCGCCCCAACCACCAGGCCUGAUGCUGCCUCUACCGGCAGUCCGCCGCCGGAGAAGGAGGAACAGAAGUCAAAGACACUUAGCCCAGGAACCGUCGCUGUUAUCGUGGCCAUUUUCCUGCUGCUGGUUCUGCUGGUGCUGGGCGGAUUAUACCACCACAAGAUCAGACGGGCGUCGUACGGCCCCCUGCUGGACAGGCAUGAACACGGCUCUUUAGGAAACUUCACCAACCCCAUGUACGACCCCUGAUGACCCCCGAUGACCCCCGAUGACCCCGGGUGACCCUGGAUGAACCCACAAAUCCUGCACUCUGAGCCGUUUGAGGAUUACGAACGUCUCUGCUAUAGAAACACUGGUUAAAUGGCAUUUUUUUUUUGUUUUUUGAAGUUAAGAACAACAUUUUUUAAGUUUUUGCACUGAAAGUUGAAGUAGGAAUCAUAAGCUGCAUAAAAAGGUCAAAAAAACAAAAAACAAAAAAAAACAGCAUCAAAAUCAAUAAAUUAAUUAUUUUUAGCUGGGAACUUAUUUUAUUUUUACAUAAAUAUUGUCUAACUACAUGAAUUACUUUAAGGAAAACUGUGAGAUAAAAAACAAAUGAACUAAAAAAAGAAUUAGUUAAUUUAAUUUUUAGUGAAAGUAUUUAUUUUCCAAUAAAUUGUGUUUAGUAAUGGUAACUAUUUUAAGAUCAAACUAAGAAUUUCUGUUUUAUAUCUUAUUUGCAUUUUUGUAAUUUUAAAAAUCAAAUAAAUAGACGAAUAACUUAAUUCAUGUUUAAGUUCAUUCUAAUUCUGUUUCUGUUUAGUUUUUCCUGUUUUGAAUAUUUACAGCCGUUUGUUUUGUAAUUUUAACUAAUGUUGCUGGUUUGUGUAAAGAAUAAUUCUGUUUUGAUUGUGUGAAAUUAAAUUGUUCAACUAAAAAUAGUGAUUAAAACCAUAAUGUGAAAAAGUUUUUCUUUUUCAUUUAAAAUGGUUUCAUAAUCAGAAUACAGUCUAUUUAGCUGAAUAAGUUAUUAAAACAUAAAGUGAAAAGUGGGGAGAUUAAUAACUAAACAGUUUUAUUGUUUUCAGAUAUCAGAUUAAAAAUUAACCUCAAAAUAUUUCAUAAUCAGAGUUAACCACUUAAUAAUAAGUACCACGCUAACAACAAGCUAGCUAAAUAGCCUAUCGCUAAGUUAGCUACCUGCUAACAAUGCGGCUAGCUAACUGGACAGAUUCAGUAUUUCUCUCUAAAAGAUAUUCCUGCAGAAAACAUUUCAGCCAUCUUGACGACACUCGGAUGAUAACGCACAAAAAUGAUCACAAACACACCAGCAUGUUUAUCUUUCAAUGCCUCAACAAGAAAGCAAUAAACUUUUACAGUGGUCUAGUAAAAGCCCGAUUUAAACCUGAUUAAAAUGCUUUGGUUUGACCUUAAAUAGGCUGUUCAUGUUGGAAAAUCCCCCAGUUUGGUUGAACUGAAACAGUUCUGAGAAAAUGAAGUGAAAACUUCUUUUAUUGUUCGUUAACACAACAAACACAUGAUGGCACCCAGGUGGGCCCAGUUAAUUAUACGGA